CCCCCUUUCGCCCGCUUCGCACUCCUCUUCCUUCCCUGCCUUUCCCAGAUCUCUCACGCCCCAGCCGCGAGUCGUCGGACUCGGACAAGUACCGAGGCGGCGAGGGAGCGUCCCCGAGAGGUCGUCGCAGCUCGGUCCCGGCGGUUCUGGGUGGCGGCGGCGCCCGGCGCGUCUCGGCGUAUCAGGUAAUGGACGCCGGUGGCGGGGGCUUGGGCGGGUUCCAGUGGACCGCGGAGGAGGCGUCGACGAUCGGGGGCAUCGCGACGGUGUCGCUGCUGCACUCCUUCAUCCCCACGCACUGGCUCCCCUUCUCCAUCGUCGGGCGCGCCCAGCGCUGGCCGCUCUCCCGCACACUCCUCGUCACUGCAUUUGGAGCUGUACUUCAUGUUGUUUCGACCGCUCUUCUUGGGAUAACUGCAGUUACCAUGGCAAAUACUAUAGCAGGCGAGGAAACAGUGCAUAAACUUGCCUCGCUGUUGCUGAUUUUUCUUGGAGCAGGAUAUAUUCUGUUGUUUGCGUUAGGAAAAGGUGGUCAUAGCCAUGCUCAUAAUCAUCCAAUGGAGAAGAUGGCAGUUGCUGGUCUUGUACUUGUACCUGCAUUAUCACCCUGUGCAACUACUCUUCCAGUGUUUCUUGCUGUUGGCAACUCAUCAUCGAUGAUGAUUCUGGCGAUCAUUGUACUUCUCUUCAGUACUAUCACAGUGAUGACAUCCCUGGUGGCUCUCUCGUUCUACGGUGCUAGCCAGAUCAAGUUUCACUGGGUGGAACGCUACGACAAGGUCCUCGUCGGCUCAGUGCUGUGUCUCGUUGGAGUCUUGACAUAUGUGUUCCAUCACCACGAUGGUGACGAGCAUUCUCUGCAUGCACAUGUGCACAGGAAACUUGUCUCUCCAUAGAGGAAUAUAUAGUAGAUAGCAAACCAAGUUUCCUAUGUUUUUGUGAAACAAAUUCUCUGUUGUCCUCUAACCGUUGUACGUGAUUUGCUGUAUAAAGAUCUGAUUAUUAAUCCAUCUGUCUGGAAUCUAUCCGCAUCUGGCUUUGCCAGGAACUCAUAGCUGGAACUGGGAGUUUGCGUUGUAGUGUAGCACCUUGUUUGUGCUGAUCUAGUUAACUGCAACAAUAUUUUUUUCAA